AUGACUUCUCAGGUCCGAGGUUACAUUGAUCCCAACUUUCCAAAUCCCAUGGGACCCAACGAUGCCUACACGCCCUCCCUCGCCGUCGGAGUCCUUGGCGUCGUGCUCUUCUCCAUCGCAGCAAUCACUCACGCCUACCUCCUCUUUCGACACCGGACCUGGUAUUUCACACCCAUACUAGUCGGCACAAUCAUGGAGAUCGUCGGCUAUGUCUUCCGUAUCCUGUCCAGCCAGCAAGACCCAUACUCGGUUCCUUGGUUCGUGGUGCAGUACUUCUUCAUCGUCGUGGCUCCUGUCAUGUUCAGCGCGGCAAUUUACACGCUCGUGUCCGUCAUGAUCGACAUCUACGGGCGGCAAUACGCUCCUCUACCGCCAAAGGUCGUGCUGGCAGUCUUCAUCACCUGCGAUGUGGCGGCUACGAUCAUCCAAGUUGCCGGCGCCGCGCUCGUGGGAGUGGCCUACUCGAACCAGAAGGACCCGACGACCUACAACAACAUCCUACUGGCAGGUUUGGCGUUCCAGGUGUUCUCAUUCGCCGUCUUUCUGGUCGUUCUGGCGUGGACUUUGGUCAAAGCAAGAGUGAGCCCGGCCAAGAUCAGCAGGAGCUUCAUCACAGGCCUCAUCAUUGCGACCCUGGCCGUAUAUCUCAGGACCUGCUUCCGUCUGGCAGAGACGGCUGAAGGACUGAUGGAAGAGCUGUCGACGCAUGAAGUUUACUUCGGGUGUCUGGAAUUCGCGCCGGUCGUUGUCGCGGUGUUCAUCUUCACGUAUUGGCAUCCAGGGCGAUGGCUGAAGGCGGACAUCUUGGAGAAGCAUGAAGCAUGA